UCACCACGGCGCUAGUAGUACAAGCGCGCACUGGUGGGGACGCUCGAAGUGGUGGGGACACGGGUAUAUAAGCAGGCGCCCGAGACGAGACUGGCACUUCAUGCUCAACUGUGUUACAGCAACAAAUGAAUCUCGUGAAGGACAUUCUACCAGAUUUUUCUACGGUAACUUACAGACACAAAAAUCUGACGAAAAUUUGACAUUUUCUUCAUCGUCAUCAACUCCAAAGACAGAAGAGGCAGAACAUCGAAAAGCAGAGAAGAAAACUUUUCGCUCGAGUGGAAUAUUCAGAUUAAAAUCACCAACUAGAUCUCGCGAAGAAAUGUCUACCAGUUCGAUUGGAAAGACUGAAGAUCUAAAAUCUGGAAUUCCGGAGAAACAAUUUUUCUCUUCUAGUGAAAGAUUGAGUCUAAAAUGUUAGUGUUUAACAGAUGUAUUUUAAAAAUAUUUUUAUUUACAUGUAAAGUUAACAAUUGUAAUUUAUUUGUUUAUUCUCUAUUUUUUCAGCAACAAAUGAAUCUCGUGAAGGACAUUCAACCAGAUUCUUCUACGGAAACUCACAGACAAAAAAAUCUGACGAAAAUUUGACAGUUUCUCAAUCACCAACAACUUCAAUGACUGAGCAGGCUGAACCUCGAAAAGCAGAAAAGAAAACUUUUCGCUCGAGUGGAAUAUUCAGAUUAAAAUCACCAACUAGAUCUCGCGAAGAA